CUCUCCUCGUCUCCGCCUCCCCGGACUCCGGCAGGGAGGGAGGUGAACGGGCCGGGGAGAGAGAUGGGGCCGGACUCGUCGCCCAAGAAGUUGAGCCUCAAGGAGCAGCGCGCUGCCUACCUCCAGUGGUUCGCCCUCGCCGACGAAGACGGAGAUGGCCGUCUGACGGGGAACGAUGCGCUCAGGUUCUUCGCCAUGUCCAACCUCUCCAAGCCCGAGCUGAAGCAGGUUUGGGCGAUCGCUGAUUCCAAACGCCAAGGAUAUCUUGGAUUCUACGAGUUCAUGACUGCCAUGCAGCUGGUUUCUCUCGCACAAGCAGGGAACGAAAUCAAUCAAGACACCCUUCCAAAUGCAGAUCUCGAGAAGUUGCAGCUCCCCACAAUGGAUGGUCUGGCUAAAAAACUAAAAAAGAACUCUGGGAGCAAGGUCGAGUCUGCUAUUGUUGCAUGUCAUCCAUCAGAAGCACCUACUAUGACUGCCAGCUGGUUUAACUCCAAGUCAGGAAAGAAGAUUCCUUUGAAAUCAGUCACUUCAAUCGUCGAUGGGCUAAAGAAAUCGUACAUUGAGAAGUUGAGGCCCUUGGAAAAAACCUAUCAGUUCCAUGACUUCGUGUCUCCCUUGCUGACUAGCAGCGAUUUCGAUGCGAAGCCAAUGGUCAUGCUGUUGGGUCAAUACUCCACGGGGAAAACAACAUUCAUAAAGCAUUUACUAAAAACAAGUUAUCCAGGCGCUCAUAUUGGGCCAGAGCCUACAACGGACAGGUUUGUUGUCAUCACUUCUGGACCAGACGAAAGAUGCAUUCCUGGAAACACCAUCGCCGUCCAAGCUGACAUGCCAUACAGUGGCCUGUCAUCGUUCGGAACAGCAUUUUUGUCCAAGUUCGAAUGUUCUCAGAUGCCACAUCCACUGUUAGAGCACGUGACCUUCGUGGACACUCCAGGAGUUUUAUCAGGGGAGAAGCAGCGGACGCAGCGCAGCUACGAUUUCACCGGAGUCACGUCGUGGUUUGCGGCCAAGUGCGACCUCAUCCUUCUCCUGUUUGAUCCGCAUAAGCUUGACAUCAGCGAUGAGUUCAAGCGUGUGAUCGGGUCUCUCCGCGGGCAUGAUGACAAGAUACGCAUAGUUCUCAACAAGGCCGACCAAGUUGAUGCACAGCAGCUGAUGAGAGUGUACGGAGCACUGCUGUGGUCGCUCGGGAAAGUCCUGAACACACCAGAAGUCAUGCGUGUCUACAUAGGUUCAUUCAACGACAAGCCGAUCAGGGAGACAGCGGCUGGGCCGCUGGGCAUGGAGCUGUUCCAGAAGGAACAAGAUGACUUGCUCUCGGACCUGAACGACAUCCCCAAGAAGGCCUGCGACCGUCGGAUCAACGAGUUCGUGAAGCGGGCAAGGGCGGCUAAAGUCCACGCGCACAUAAUCAGCCAUCUGAAGAAAGAGAUGCCUGCACUGAUGGGCAAGGCCAAGGCUCAGCAGAAGCUGCUCGACGGGCUGGAUCAACAGUUCGCCAAGGUCCAGAAGGAGCUGCACCUGCCGCCAGGGGACUUCCCGAGCGUGGAGGAGUACAGGGAGCUCCUGAGCGCCUACAACUUCGACAGGUUCGAGAAGCUGAGGCCCAAGAUGGUCCAGGGCGUGGACGACAUGCUGGCCUACGACAUCCCGGACCUCCUGAAGAAGUUCAGGAACCCCUACGACUGAAGCCGGAAACCCACUCUCUUGCCUCCUCGGGGAGGGGUGGCAGAGCUUCAGCGACGGACGAGGAGGACGUGCCGGUGCAGCAGCGGUUCAUCUGGUCAGGGAAGAGAAAGAUGCGGCGCCUUUUCACGACUCCAUCUCUCUUCUGGAUUACUCAGUGCUGCAGCGUAAACUCGCGCGCAGUUCCCUGUAAAAGCUGGAGCUUUUCUGAGCGUGUAGGUGCGUUGGUGGAACUUGGGCCCCCACCCAAGAUCUCACCUAUCUGCACUGGGCUGGCCGGCUGUGCCCGUCGCCAACCACCGUGCUUCCGCCAUUGCGUCGCCGCAUAACCUUGGCCAAGCGUGAACUUCAUAUAAUACCAACUUCAUAU